AUUACAUACAAUUUAUAAAAUGUGGCAAAAGGCAUCUCAUCUUGUCCAAAAUCGAAGCACUCGCUGCAAUUAUGCUACGGAGAGCGCACCGUCCAGCAAACACGUGCAUAAAUCAACGGCAGAAAGCUCAAAUGCAAAUAACAGGCCUAUUACUGAUUCGCAGAAUAUAGACAUGGAUUCCUGGAUUACGGAAUGGCUGGCAAAUGAAGAAGCAUCCCUUGAAGAGGUUCCUAUGAAUUUCUUUGACAAUCAACAGGAUAUCGCCAUGUUCCGUCCGAGUAAAGAGCUUGAGUAUAGCGAUCUUGCUGCUAUUAAUACUUUAUCAAACAGGCAUUCAAGAAAUAAAGGUGCUCAACCUACUAUGCAGUGUAAUAGACCUCUUCCUGUAUUAGGAAACACUGAACUGAGACCGACAAAUGAGAUACCAAAACCUUUUGGUUCCAUAUUUAAGUUUGGAGUAUUCAAUAUUAUUCAGUCAAAGUGCUUAGAUGAUACGUUUUAUGAAAACAACAAUUUGGUAAUUUCAGCCCCGACUGGAUCCGGAAAGACCGCUUUGAUGGAACUGGCAAUCAUUCGUACACUCUUAAAUCAGGGAAAUGACACUAAAAUAAUAUAUAUGGCUCCUACCAAAAGCUUAUGCAGUGAAAGAACACAAGACUGGGGAAGCAAGUUCGGCCCUUUUGGUAUUGAAUGUAAAGAGUUCACUGGUGAUACUCAGUUUUAUUCAACGUCAGCUAUACGAAAUGCUUCAAUCAUUAUCACAACUCCUGAGAAAUGGGACUCUAUGACUAGACGUUGGAUCGAUAAUCGGCAGCUGAUGCAACUUAUCAGUCUAUUUUUAAUUGACGAAGUUCAUAUUUUAAAUGAAAACCGGGGCGCUUGUUUAGAAGCCUGUGUCAGUCGAAUGCAGACAAUGGAUAUUAAUUUAAGAUAUAUUGCUGUUUCAGCAACAAUUCCUAAUUUACAAGACAUUGCCACGUGGCUCAGAGCGAAGCCUAUAUCUUUUUCGGAAGAAUACCGUCCCAUCAAGCUUGAACGAAUCGUUUACGGAUAUCCACAAGAUUGCAACAUGUUUCUUUUCGAAAAGAAGUUGGAUUGGAAACUUUUGGAUAUUAUUAUAAAACAUAGUAAUAUGAAACCAGUAUUGAUUUUUUGUUCGACUCGGAAAUCAGCUGAGGGGUCAUGUGAUACACUUUUAAAAAUGAUGGACAAGAAAAAUAUUUCCUCUUUAUGUGAAAAUGGAAAAAAGCUUGUAGCAAAGCCAAAAUUUAAGAAUAAACUUUUACCCGGGUUUGGAGAAAGAGGAAUUGGCUUCCAUCAUGCUGGUCUGGAUCCUAGCGAUCGCUCUCAGAUGGAAAAAUUAUAUUUGAAUAGAGAGAUAAGAGUAAUAGCCACAACAUCUACAUUAGCAGUAGGCGUAAAUCUUCCUGCGCAUUUGGUUAUUAUUAAAUCUACACAAGGCUAUCAAAAUGGAACUUUAAGUGAGUACACGGAUAUUGAUACUCUUCAAAUGAUCGGACGAGCAGGAAGACCUGGUUUGGAUACUUCAGGAACUAUAGUUAUUAUGACUACUUCUCAGAUGGAAACACGUUAUCGCUCAUUAAUAGCUGGAGGCACUAACUUAGAAAGCAGGCUGCAUGAAAAUUUGAUUGAGCAUUUGUUAUCCGAAAUUUGCUUGUCCACAAUUACUAAUAUGUCUACUGCAUUGACAUGGCUGCAAUCCACUUUUUUAUAUGUACGACUAUCAAAGAAUCCUACACACUAUAAACUGAACCCCACAGAAAACAUGUCCACAGAUGUCAUAUUAAAAGAAAUUUGUGUCAAAGAUCUGGAGCUUUUAGAACGACACAAUUUGAUUGAAAAACAAUCCAACUUUCUUUUAAAACCUACUCCUUACGGAUUGAUCAUGGAUAAAUAUUACAUCAAGUUUCUGACAAUGAUUAAAAUCAUGGAAGCAGAAAAUCCCACAUCUGUCAAGGACACGCUCAAUCUCAUAAGUGAAUGCCAACAAGAGAUGAACACGAUAAGGUUUAAUAGCGGUGAUAGGCAGUUUUUGAUUAAGCUCAAAAACAACCCAAAUAUCAGAUUCCCUCUAGAUAAAAUUGUAAAUGUAUCUGACAAGAUAUGCCUUUUGGUUCAAUGCGUGCUUGGUGAUAUAUCAUUAAAUAAUGUUGGAAGUGCUUUACUUGUCAUGGAGGCGACAACUGUCAUGAAGGAUGUUUGUCGUAUCGUAAAAUGCUUGAUUGACUGCAGUGUUCAAGAAAAAAGUUCUACCAAAUUGAGGUUUGCGCUGGAGUUAUACCAAAGCAUUCAAGCCAAAAUAUGGUCUACAUCGCCAUACGUAUCACGACAAAUUGAAGGAAUCGGACCUCAGUUCUCAAAAACGCUUUCACAGGCCAACUUAAUUACUAUGGAGCAAUUGAAAGGAUGCGAUCCAGGUCGUUUCGAAGUUAUAUUGCAUCGUAAUCCUCCGUUUGGGACCAAGAUCAAAAGGUGUUUGGAAUUAAUACCCCAGUUUGUUUUAGACGUAGAACAGUUUCCCAGCACAAAAAGACUGACUAAGACUAAUCCGUACGAGUUCAUAAAUAUGCAUGUUACCAUAGGGCUGCUUAACCGCCAGGUCAACAAGGGGAAGAGCGGCCAUCCUUAUUAUGCUCAAUUCUGGGUCGAAACAACCGAAAAAAACUUGUUGGAUUUCCGUCGCAUUCUUAUAUCAAAGUUGCAUCAGGGCAAACAAAAAUUUGAUUUGGAAGUCGAAGUAACAUCGCCGAGCAUGGGAAUUUUCUGUCAUUUGAUGAGUGAAGAUUUCGUUGGAGUGGACUUGACAAAAGAAAUAAAACCAAACGUGAAUCCAAGAAGCUAUAUUACUUUAGCAGGAAAUUCCAAUAUUUCAAACACAAAGCCCAAGUUAAAUGGACCGGUUGCAGCCAGAUCUGUCAGUCUUGAUAAUCAUGAGGAUACUUUCCGUCAAUGCUUAACCGACACAGUCACUGAUUUCGAUAACGAGCAGGAUGCAAUUCAUAUAGAUACUCCGACAUUAGAAGCAUUGAGCUUGAUUGACGUAGAGAAUAACAACACCAGAACAAGAAAUCCCCAAAGUUCUGAUCCUAAAUCAACUAGCACCAGUUUCUCUAAUUUACAAGUGCAACAACCAUUAAACCGUGAAGUUGGCAAAAAUCCUUCUGGUGGACUCUGUAAACAUCGAUGCAAAGCAAAGGAUUUGUGCAAACAUACUUGCUGUAAGCUGCAUAUUCCUUCAAACCUCAAUAACAGCCAAGUCGGAAUAAAAAGAAGUUGCGAAGAAAAUGAAGAUAUGACAGACAUCAUGAUCACAAAAAAAUCGAAGUCCUCCGAUGAUCAAAGAGUAGAUGUGAAUGAACCUGAAGGGACUGAAUUGACUAACCCCAAGAUGAAUACACAUGUACAGAAGUCUGACAUCGGCGUAGAAUUAAAUGGUCCGAAAGUUGAUAUUGAUUUAACCGGAAGCACUGCAGUUGAAAUGUCAUUCAAACAGGAUGAUGAUGAUUAUUUGUUUGAUGAGAUUUUCGAUGAGGAUAUAUCGAACUGCAUUGAAGGGAUGGGAGAAAUGGGAGCCCAAACCACACCCAUAGAGAUUGAUAGAAAUAGUGGGGAUAAUACGAGCGAAUUAUCGGAGGAUUUUCCCAUCUUGACCGAUGUUGAUGAAAAAGGAGGGUUCUCAGAUUCGUAUGGGAAUUUAUGGCAGGAAGCAGGGGAGUAUGUCCAGAAGGUCUUUGAAAAGAGAUUACCCCAAAGUCCUUCCAAUAGUUUUAGUGCCAGCGAAAUCAAUAGCCUUUCUCCCCAACCGAUCCCUAUUCAAAUCAGCAAUGAACAUAAGGAGCCCAUGCAACCCGCUAAGUACUAUUUCCAAUCUCCGAGUUUGGCAGAAUGGGUGCGUGAUAACGUAGAAAUAGUUUAUGACGAGUAAAACGAAGUAGGGGGUUUACAUGCAUAUAAAAAAAAAAAUAAGAAUUGCAAAGAAGAUUCCUUACUUUCAAUUUGGUAAUAAUAAUGCACAUCUGCUUUU